AUGGCCAACACCUUUUCCAAGUUCCUUCAGCUUCCCUGGGAAAUCCAAGAUCGCAUAUGGAAACAUAGUGUCGAGCCUCGGAUCGUCAAGAUUCGCAGAGUACAGGUCAUGCACGCCAAAUGCGUUAACAACAAAGGCAGCGGCCCAGCUUACAAACUCGUCACGGGCACGCCGGUCCCGGCAGUUCUACAGACCUGCUACCAAGCCCGUUACAAACACAGACUGUACCAGCAGGUCUUUUCCGAGUUGGACACCGUCAGAUCUGGCAAAGAGCGCCAAUAUGUCUGGAUGAACUUGGAUAUCGACACGGUCGACGCGGGCUUUCUCACCGGGCUCACUCUAUUCCAUUUUCAGGAUGUGGCACGAUCGAUCCGGCGCCUCAAGGUUGAGAUCGAUUGGAUCUCGUGUGCAUGUGGCGCGAGAGCUGCCCUUCACCAAUUGUUUGUAAACUUGCAGGAGCUUGAGAUCACCGUUUCGGACGAAACGUUUCUUGACCGGCAGUCUACAACCAGAGAGCAAUUAUGCAGCGGCUAUAUGCCACGCUCUCUGAAGAAACUGGUUGUAAAUACGACUGCGGACGGCUUGACGAGCCAAUGGGAUGAGUCCGUGGGCGAUGAUGAUCCUCAACAUAUUAGAUGGAUACGAGACAGCGAGAUCACGAGUGUUCAGCGGUCACUUUUGAAGGGUCAUGCAGUUAUCUUGAGUAAAUGGCAGGAGCCGUGCAAGUGUUGCUUACCAGGAUACAGAGUGCUCUCGUCCUGA